UUGUCUCCAAGACUCGUUAACGAAAAAAGAAAAAGGGUCGCUAAGCCAUUCCGCUUUCUUCAUUGGCUUUGUUUUGUCUUAGGCUAAGGUAUUAUGGAUGGAAAAGCAUCAUCCUCCCCUUCGCCCGCUUCCGCUAAACGCAGUCGAGGGUCCAUCGAACAGCAUCGUCCUCCGACGAAGAAAAAUUCUGAUGAUUGCGGCGAUCAUAAUUCGAAGAAGAGGCCCUUGCGCACAAGCGAUAGAUUGAGAGCCAGGCAUCGGAGGAGGCUCAAUCUCAACCUCAACCUGACGUCCCGUAUACAGAUGUAUCGCAAUCACAAUCCCAAGCUCAACAAGGGUAAGAAAAGGCGCCGUGCAUCGGCAUCCCGCAUCGCGAAAAUGCUGCAUACCAGACCCAAUCUACGCAGUUCAGCUAAUUCAACUGUGCAUAAAACUGCUGGUCCUUCAAAUCAGAUAGAGAACAUGAACGUGCAGUCGCAUACAUCCACUCUACGCCGGUCUACAAGAAAAAGGAAAAUUUCUGUCAAUUUAGAGGAUUACGAAACAGAUAACACAGACACAGAGGAUGCAGAUCUGAUGAGACGAACAUAUCGGCCAUCUACUACUAAAGUUGAGAAUAACCCUAGUCAGGAUGAGCAGUCCAGUCCAAUGCGAGAGAAGAAGACAAGAGAUACAGCAUCUUUGCCACGGCGAGAAGGACUUCGGCCUCGCAGGUCAACAAGGUCAACAAGGUCAACCAUCCAACAUUCUUCUCAAGAUUCUGAAGACCAGGAAUCGUCAGAGGAGGAAGAUGAUAGAGAUGAGGGGGAGGCUGGGGAUGAAGGAGAGGAAGACGAAGAAGAUGAAGUUGAGGAAGAGGGUGAGGAGGGUGAAGAACAAGAAGGAAGGAGACGGUAUGCUCUCCGGAAUCGCACUGAGGUGAGGAGGUUUUCUCCUGAAAAAGAAGAAAAGCAACGCCCACGAUCUCCACCACGUAAAGUAUUGCAUCAAGGAAUGGGAACCAAAAAUGCACGUGAUGCGAGACGAGGUGGUGCAAGGACAUAUAAACGUCAUCGUGCACCAAGAAUUGAUGAUUCAGAUGAUUCUCUUCUUGUGGAUGAGAUGGAUCAGGGUCCUGUUGGUUCAUGGAUGCGUGGGGGAAACAGAAACUUUGGUCAGCAAUGGGUUUGUGGCGGACUUGACAUGCAUAGCACAACUGCAUGGGGAUUGAAUGUUGCGGCAUCUGGAUGGGGACACCAAGGUGAUACUUUUGGUUAUGGAGGUGUAGGUGUACAAACUGCUGGGCCUAGUUCAAAAGGUGGAGCUGACAUUCAACCUUUGCAGGUUGAUGACACAGUGAGUUUUGAUGAUAUUGGAGGGCUUUCUGAUCACAUUGAUGCACUGAAAGAAAUGGUUUUUUUCCCUCUUCUCUAUCCUGAUUUCUUUGCAAAUUAUCACAUCUCUCCUCCAAGGGGAGUCUUAUUGUGUGGUCCUCCUGGAACUGGUAAAACAUUGAUUGCAAGGGCUUUAGCAUGUGCAGCUUCCAAGGCAGGACAGAAAGUAAACUUUUACAUGCGAAAGGGAGCUGAUGUGCUCAGCAAGUGGGUUGGGGAAGCUGAGCGGCAACUGAAAUUACUUUUUGAAGAAGCUCAAAGGAACCAACCAUCCAUAAUAUUUUUUGAUGAAAUAGAUGGUCUUGCUCCAGUGAGGUCUAGUAAACAAGAACAAAUUCACAAUUCUAUUGUAUCUACACUUCUUGCUCUAAUGGAUGGUCUAGACUCUAGAGGUCAAGUAGUGCUUAUUGGAGCUACAAACAGGAUUGAUGCUAUUGAUGGAGCUCUUCGUCGGCCUGGUCGGUUUGAUCGUGAAUUUGUAUUUACCUUACCUGAUUGUAAAGCAAGAGCUGAGAUAUUAAAGAUCCAUACAAGAAAGUGGAAGAAUCCUUUAUCAGAUGAAUUAAGAAUGGAAUUAGCAGCAGCUUGUGUGGGGUAUUGUGGUGCUGAUUUAAAAGCUUUGUGCACAGAAGCUGCAAUUAGGGCCUUCCGCGAGAAAUAUCCUCAAGUAUACACUAGUGAUGAUCAGUUUGUCAUAGAUGUGGAUUCUGUGAAAGUAGAGAAGCUUGAUUUCUUGGAAGCUAUGUCUGCUAUUACUCCGGCUGCCCAUAGAGGUGCAACAGUACAGUCAAGGCCAUUGUCCCCAGUUAUAGCUCCAUGCUUAGAAGGACAUCUAAAAAUAAUCAGAAACUAUAUUUCUGAGAUCUUCCACAUAGUGGCCAAGGGUGAUAAGGAGGACAGUUCUCGCAAUCUUGCCAAGUUACUUGGAUUUUCCUAUGGUUCUUCCAUUCCCUUUGUUUACAGACCAAGACUUUUACUUUGUGGGAAGGAGGGUGCUGGCUUGGACCAUAUCGGCCCUGCUGUUCUACACGAAUUAGAGAGGUUCCCUGUGCAUUCUCUUGGACUUCCAUCACUCUUGUCCGACCCAAGUGCAAAGACCCCUGAGGAAGCGCUAGUGCAUAUUGUGGGAGAAGCAAGGAGGACUUCUCCUUCUAUUUUGUAUCUGCCUCAACUUCAACUUUGGUGGGAGACGGCCCAUGAUCAACUAAGAGCUGUUCUGUUGACUAUAUUGGAAGAACUGCCAUCGGACCUUCCUGUAUUACUUCUUGCAACCUCCUCUGUGCCCUCGGACGAAUUGGAUGGAGAAGCUGCAUCCUUGUUUGGACGUCGCUAUAUUUACCAAGUAGAAAAACCAAGUUCCGAGGACAGGUGUAGAUUCAUCUCACAAUUGGUUGAUGCUGUUCUUACUAUCCCUGAUCAGCAAGUAGUAAUUACUCCUAAAAAGAAUGUUUCUAUUCCUGAACUUCCAAAGGUACCAAAAGCAGCAAGGGGACCAAGUGAAACUGAGCUACGUGCCAAGGCAGAAGCAGAGGAGCAUGCUAUUCGACGACUCCGAAUGUGUCUUCGGGAUAUCUGCAGCAGACUUCUAUAUGAGAAACGGUUCAGUGUCUUCCAUUACCCUGUAAUGGAUGAAGACGCUCCUGACUAUUAUUCAAUAGUUCAAAAUCCGAUGGAUAUCACUACUUUACUGCAGCGUGUGGAUAAUGGGCGUUACUUGACAUGCUCAGCCUUCUUGCAAGAUGUGGAACUAAUUCCAGCCAAUGCAAAAGCAUAUAAUGGUGAUGACUACAAUGGAGCUCGAAUUGUCAGCAGAGCAUAUGCACUAAGGGAUGCGGUUCUUGGCAUGCUUUCUCAAAUGGAUCCUGCACUAGUUGCCUUCUGUGAUAAAAUUGCUGCUCAGGGUGGGCCAACUCGUCUGCCAGAGGAUUCAGCUACAAAUUUUCUUUCGAAUCCUGUUGCUCAACCAGUUCAUGUUACAAGAGCAAGUGCACGUCUACGCAAUGUUCAGCCUGAAAUGAAUGUAUCUCAAAGUUAUGAGGUCUUGAAACGCUCAAAGCGGAACAGUGAUCCUGAUCAAGAUUUUUUUUCUACAGGUGAAGUUGUGGCUGGGAACUCUGAUCCAUUUUCUGAGGACAGAUCACAACCCAUGGAGAUUGAUGCUCCUGGGCAAAAUGCCCUUCCAACAAAAUGCCCUCAUGGUAGUGUAACAAAUGAGGCAUUUAAAGGUGUGCAACAAUGUGAGGCAAAUAAUCAAGAUGAAAUAAUGAAUCAACCGCUUGCCCCAACAGAUGUUGCAGAAACCACCAUUGCAGAAGUCGAGGAUGGUGAAAGCAAAUCCUCUCCCAAAGUGCCAAUAAGCAAGCAUUUGGCAGAACAGAUUGAAUCAAUAGAACAGAAUUUUGUGAAAUGUACUGAAGGUUAUGGAAUCUCAGAACUUGAAAGACUUUAUGCUCGAAUUUGCCGAGGGGUGAUAUCACUGAAAGAUGCUGACAAACCUAUGAUUGUUAAAUUCUUGAAAGACUUCUCAUCUGAUGAAAGCAAUUUUCAAAGAUAGUUUUGUUACUGGAUGUCCUAUGAAGUACUAUGGAGUACUUAAGAUGCAUGACAUUUGAAACUAAUUUGAGUAGCAAACUGUAAAUACGAUACUGUCCGGUGUUUUGAUAAAUACAAUACUGUCCGGUGUUUUGAUGCACAGAAAAUAUCAAUUUAGAAAAACCGUUAUAGGUUGUAAGUAAUUUUGUAAUAUUCCCCCAAACCUGGAAACACGAUUUUUUUUGGUUUCUACAGGGUUUGGGGGCUUAGUCAUGUGAUCCAACUAAUUACAUUUCUUCUCU